UGAGAAGAAGAUGUGAGCAGAUGUUGUAGUUUCAAGCUCAACAGGAGAAAUAGCAGGAAAUAAUCUGCUGAUAAUGAUGGUUCGAGAUCAGAUUCGUGGAUCAGACUGAUGGAGCUUCAUCUCAUUCUGAUGACUGACAGGCACAUCAUCCAAUAGGCACGAUGAUAGCUACAGGCGGUCUCCUGAGGAUUUCACGGCGCCAGGACUCUCUCCGGUCCAAGAACCGGGCAGAAAACAAGAAAAAGAGAAAAGCCCAGAAAAAGCGCAAGACUGACGUGGUCGUUGUAAAGGGAAAAGUGAAACUAUGCUCCUUCUCCGGCCUGGUGGCUCUGGUGGGAAUUCUCAUCUUACUGGUGGGCAUCUCCAUGGCGGUGUUGGGAUACUGGCCCAAGGAAAACCCAAAAUACCCAGAGAAAUUCUUCAAAGAGAUGCAGGCACUGAAACAGACCUGGAGAACUUCAAACGCCACGGGCAAUAGAAAGUUUUUAUUGUUGAGUGAACUGAACCACACGGAUGGCACAAAUUCGACUUCACCGAGUGCACAGUCGCUCGGCUUCUUUAAAAGGUUAUUCGCCGGUUAUUUGUACUCUGAAAACCUGAAAGUGUUUGGACCUCUGGUGAUGGGCAUAGGAAUCUUCCUCUUCAUCUGCGCUAAUGCCGUUCUGCACGAGGAUCGUGAUAAAAAGACGAAGAUCAUCAAUCUAAGAGACAUUUACUCGACCGUCAUAGACAUCCACAGCCUUCGUGCCAAAGACUGCCCGCCCUUCAAUGGCCUCAUAAGCUACGUGCAGUCUAAAAGUGCAGAGGCCAGAUCUUCAUGCGCGGGAACGGCUCGAGGCUCCGUCUCAGGUAAAGGAGGCAAUUUCAGACGCCCGUCGUGCGCCAGGAAGUACAGCUUGUUUGCCAAGAGGCCGUCUUUUACGGAUACGGUAUAUAGUAUAUACAGAGGCCAAAGUGGGGGCGAGGAACCCUGCGGCACGCCAAAACAGUGGGAGACGCGUUCCAUAGUCACGUCAUCUGUUAACGCUUUCACGUUACCUGUCAUUAAACUCAACAACUGCGAUAUGCAGGAGAGAGACGAGAGGGAACCUCAAACAGCGCGACGCAGGAGUUGCGUCCCGUUCAUUAGCACCGCCGUGGAAACCAGAGCAGAAGUGUCAAGGACAGGACUCUCUGUUUCCCAGGAAUCAGAACUGAACGAGAGACAGACUGUGGCUACUUCAGGGCAACGCCAGCUGUCACCUCCCGCCCCUGCCACGAGGGUGACCGGGUCACAUCUGUCCCUAAACGCCCUGUCGGAUCUGAGCUCCGGGUGUCAGGACGACAGAUCACGGAGGUUUAGCUGUCCCAGGCUGGAUCGCUCAGGCAGUAAGGGCUACAUUAAGUUGGCGGACCUUGCCGGAGACUCAUUUGAGAACUCUGAUGCAGGUGUAGGAAGAAGUGAGGAUGACGAGAAGUGCACGAUUACUGACACUCAGCUGCACACGCACGCUGCAGCAUUACCAACUCCAUAAAUGAUGUCAAGUGACGACAACCCGUCAUUAAGAACUACUGUUGCUUUUUGUUUAUAAAUUAUGAAUAUUCAAUUGCAGGAAAGUGCCAUAGUUACGAUAGCAGAUAAACUCAUGUCAUUAUUUUGGUGCAAACAUAGCAAACCACUAGAAAAAACGAUAAACAAACAAAUAGUUCACACCAGCCCCAUCUCACAGGAAUGUGUACGCAUUUUACAAAUUUGUAUGACUUAUUAGGAAGUAAAUCAUACAAAAGUGUAUGAUUGUUAUAAGAAAACAAGGAAACAGAGAAGUUGAAAGCAAAUUGUACAAAAACUUAUAAAUGUGGUGGUCAUACGAAUUAGUCACCUCUUAAUAUACGUACAAAUUGCAGGGUUCCCACAGGUCCUUUAAAUUUUGUGAAUCUGGGGGGAAGAAAUUCAAGGCCCUAGAAAGUUUUUGAAAAUAUAGAUACAGGUCAUUGAAAGUGCUUGAAUCUAUUUUAUAUGCAAGAAGUUUUCUAGAAAAAAUCCAUAUUAUUCCCUGUGUAGUGUAGGAUAAUAUCAUAAAAAUUCUAGACUUUUUAAGCACACGUUCUAAACUGUUCACUUUAAAUCCUUAUAUCUUCUGUAUGCGAAUGUUGAUUCAUACAAAAAUGUUUUUUUUUUUUUGCAUAGUUGUGUUUGACACAUGAAAACGUAUUGGGUUACGUAUGUAACUGUUGUUUUCUGAGAAGGGAACGAGACGCUGCGUCUCCAUUGUCAUACUUCCUGCGUCCCUGUAAUGCCGUCUUUGGCAAUAUUUCAGACAGCGAUAUACUUCCUGGCUCCCGUGUCACCCUGUCUUUGUUGGGGCGUCACCAAUGGUUGAAUUUGAUAUACACAUUCAGACGCACUUACCCCUAAGGUGUCACCGCAGUGACGCAGCGCGAGUUCCCUCGAAAGGGAACUGUAACAAUGUAUCUUAAAAGGUAACACGAUGUCACCUUGCUCUCACUUGAAAUGUGUCCCCACAUUUAGUCCUUGAAUUUGUAGGUAUUGGACCUGGAAAGUCCUUGAAAGGUCCUUGAAUUUGAAGUUAACUAAGGUGUGGGAACCCUGAAAUUGCCAUGAGAUUGUGUUGUUCACACAGAAAUGAAAAUGUUGUCAUUGUUCGCUCAACCUCAUGUCAUUCUAAACUUAUAAAACUUUAUAAUGUGAAAUACAAAAGAAGAUUUUAGACAGAAUGGCUGUUUUCUGUAUAGCAAAAGUGGAUGUGUUUAUGAAUGAAGCGCCUUAAACAUAUUAUGAUCAAAGUCCAUAAGGCUGCUCACUACACCGAGCAAGCAGUAGCGUUUAAGAUAACUAUAGACCCGAUGUAGUCCGGCAAUGAGUGACCCAAUAAUCUUGCCUAAAUAACUUGUGAGAUGUCUGAUAAUCCAUCAUGUAGGCAAAGUCAACAGUGAUUACAACCAGUGUUUGCUUUCAUUUGUUUAUUUAUUUCAUUUCAUUUAUUUUUGUGCUGUGGUUAGUUUAAUUUGCCUUGUUUAAACCUAUAGACAUCUGUAUUGUGUUUGGACGACUAUAAGACGUCUUUUAAACGCAAAAUUGCUUGCAGGUCAGUUUUGUGUAAGGAACAGAUCCAGAUUCAAGAUGUUUCUCGAUCGUAUUCUUCCUCUCUUCUUCUGAAGAUCUGUUGUAAGAUAAUUGUGUCACUGAGCAUAAGUGCAGAUCUAAUUGAGCUGCAUUAUCAGAUUGAUGUCAGUGGAUCUGAUUCACUUCAGAAAUACUUCCUUCAGACAGAAAGUAUGCUACUGUUUUAUACAAUUACAACCACUAGUUAAAGCCAUUAAAUCUAAUGCUGCUGCAAUACAGUCUAC